AUGAUGUUCGAGGCAACUAUUCGCUUCCGAUGGGAGGCGGCACUUCUCGCAGACUACCUUGUCGAAAUUUUCAGGCUUCCAGUCCCAAAGAAUGAGAUCUGCAUCAUGUGGUAUUCCGGUGUUUGGUUCAAUGCGACUGAGAAGAAAUUUCCCGCAUCUGAAUUCAUCCAGAGGUGGUCAGACAUAAAUGCGACCCUCAAUGAUUCCAUCGACUUACCCGCCUACCAUAACAAGGCCCGCCCUUUUACCGGCCAUUAG